CGGCCGCCCAGGCCCGAGAGCGCGCAGCCUCGUCCUCCCGCAGCCGAGGGAGGGCUUGGCCGCCGCCCCUUUUCCGCCGUCGCAGGGCAGCUUUCGGCGGCGGGGCGGGGAGGGGGCGCACCCUGCUGGCGGGAAGCCGGGCGCGGCCGUGCCGGGAAGGAGGCGGCGCCGGAAGUGCGGCCGGGGUUUCCCGGAGGGAGGGGCCGUCGUCCGCGCGUCGCGUCGGGGGGGGGGCCGGCGGCCCAGCCGCGCCCCGCCCCUCCCCCGGCCCCCGAGCCCGCGCGUCAGGGCACUGGGAACCACCCCCGUUCCCGGAGCAACAAUAAUGCGUGGUGAUGACGCUGAUGGUAAAGCCCGAGGUUUCGGGUCGUAGGCGCAGCGCGUGCGCAGUGGGUCACCACCUUCUUGGAAAGCAGUUGGCGACAGGUGGCCACGGACCGGGUGCUCGCGUCCCUCGCUACGUCAUUGCGGGCGGGGGGAGUGGGAGGUUCCCGAAGGAAAGAAGCCCGGCGGAAGCAGGCCGGUGAACAAGGAGUGGACCCCAAGGCAUCCCACCAGCCCCAUGGGAUGGGCACCACUGAAGUCCUGUCCCCUGCUUGCCCAGAGCCUCGUCGAAGGCAGCCAAGCCAUGACUCCAUUCCCAGGAUGGCAGGAUGGCCCCUGGCCCAGGAGAGCCUCCUCUGAGGACCCUGUGGCUGGUGGUGCCCGGCGCCUGGAUGAGGGGCUUGGAGACCUCUGUUAUUGUGCCAAGAGAAGAAAAGGAAAACAACACUGUUUACGGAAAAGGCACGUCCGCUGCUGCUGGCCAGGCCUCCCUGGGGGACAGAGGCCCUUUGUUGGGAAAACAGGAAGCAAGGAUUUCCAGGACCCGUCGGGCCACCCGCCGGCCGCCCGCCCAGCUUCCGCCAAUUCUCAGCAGCUUCUGCCGGCCACCAGCUGCCUGUCUGUCCAUCCACUUGUCUGUGUGUCCCUCUGACCACGAGGCCUCAGCUUCUGGCUUUGGGGCAAAGCUGCUAUCGAUGCUCAACCCCACAGUAGGGGGUCACCUGGAGGCUGCUCUCUCCUGCAUGGUGCUCCCUGGUCACACAGAGAAAGCACUCGAGAAGCACCCGCUGGCGCCUGGCUUCAGGCAGAGCUGGGAGCACGGUGGCCCCGGCCAGGCCCUCUGAGCAUCGCCACCUUGGAGCCGCAGACUCAUGCAGAAACCCACUGAGAGACCAGCCCCACGCUGUGAGCUGGCCACGAGCCAAGAAACGUGUGGGUGGGGGUCUUGUCAGGUCACCACAACCAGGGUGCCCUGAGGGCACAGAGAAAGGCAGUGCCAGCCAUGGGGAAGGAGGGUUGAGGUGUGGGGCUGGGUGAGGAGGCUGACAGCCUAAGGCCCCUCCUGCCUCCUGGCUCUGUCCCCUCACCUUCCCUCCCUGCCUGAGGGCCAGGUAGGGUCUUGGGAUCAGUGGUCAUCAUGUCGCUGCCACACAGGCCAACAUCCAGCCCAUAGCUGACACACUCUUACUAGCUGGACCUGCUACAGCAUGGGCAAGUGUGCACGUGUGUGUGCUCACAUAUGCAUGCACACACACGCGCUCAUGUGCACAAGCACACACAUGUGCAGUCACACACACACGGCUACCCCGUCCCCACAUGCAGGACACGAGCAGCUGCACCCCCAGCCCCCACUUCCAACCAGCAUCUGCUGGGAGGAGGCGCAAGAAGCAUGGGGGGGCUGCCCCCAGCCCCACCCCGACUUCGGGCACUGGCCCGGAGCUGGCCCACGCCGGCCGCCCUGUCCCAUGCAGCUGUGAAGUGCCACAGGGCACCUGGCGCUGGGUGGGAGCUGGGCCGGCGCUGGGGCAGGGUGACCGUUCCCCACCCACUACGCAGCCCGAAGCUGCCCUUCCCACUGCCCAGGCCUCUGCUCCUUGGAGCCGCUCCCCCUGCUAUGUGCCCGGUCAGCUCCCAUGGGUCAGAGUCGGUUCCACUGGUCCCACCGCGACCUCAGUGUGUUGGGGUGGGUGCGUACGGGUACAGGCAGGCCCAGGGGCCGUGGACCUGGCAGUCAGGAGAGAAAGGAAGUCGGGUGCACAGGAGGCUGGGUGGGCCCUGGGAUCCUGGUCCCCUGGCUGCUGCCUGGCACCCGCGUGUAAUCCAGCCUCUGACCCCUGCUCACCCUUCCUCCCCUUUGCAUGCCCGGUUGUGUCCCUGGGAGUGGGCAAGAUGUGAUGUUGUCCAGAGAGGGAGGGCCCUGGGCCGGGGGGCUCCCACAAGCCGGGCUCUGCCCAGGCCUGGGCCACUGCCCCCUAGCCCCCAGGUCCUGAUACUGCAGCUCCACCAUGCUGGCCCCAAGUCCCUGGGUCCUGAUACUGCAGCUCCACCACGUUGGAGGAGGCCAGUGUUUGGACCCCCAAAGUCAUUCUGGAUGUUCUUUCUUUUGUUCAACCGUCUGCUGAUGAAAGAAUGGUGCUCAGCCAGUUCAUUCCAGGCCCUGGGCUUGGGGCCUGAGGCCUGGAGAGUGACCCUCCCAAGCUCGCAGGUGGCAGAGACUUCCACGGCGCUGAUCCCUAGGUCUGCACCAUCAGAAACAGCCACUGUAGGGGCUCAGAGGCAUGGGGGGAGGUAAGAUGCUCUCACAACCCCGACCAGGUGGCCCUCCGCCCAGCUCUGGCCCUGGCAUGUCAGGGCUGAGGGACAGAGUAUGGGACACGGAAGACAGCUGGGCCUCCAAGGUCUGAGGGUCCCCCCAGGAGACCCCUCCCUCACCUGCCCUGCCUCUACUGCCCACCUCAGUCCCUGGGGAGUGCUGGGCGCCAGGGAGGCCUUUUAGGGGUGAGGGAGGGGCCACACAGAUGUGGGAUACUGACGGGGGUGGAGGGACAGACAGUGCCAGACCUCGAGGUAGGAGCCUGUGUGUUGGAGCCAGGACGGCAGGA